AUGUCCGAAAAUUGUCGCGCACUUGACCACGAAGCUGCGAAGGAUGAGGACUAUGUUGAGGGCGAUUACUGGAGCGAGCCAGUCGGCGUGGACACCCCAGUACUAUACUUCGUAGACUUGGAAGAGAGUAUAAUAUAUAUGGAGUUUGUUGAGGGAAAAGUCAUCAAAGACUUAAUAUUGGAAGUGAAUGGAGAAUGGUCGUGUGAAGAAAACAAAGUGCAACUGGCAGAAAAGAUCGGUGUAGCAAUAGCGAGAAUGCACGCGGUUGACGUCAUCCACGGGGAUUUAACUACCUCGAAUCUUUUACUGAGAAAUUCCAAUAAGUCUUUGGUGGUCAUAGAUUUCGGAUUGAGCUAUGUAUCUUCAUUACCAGAGGACAAGGCCGUAGAUUUGUAUGUGCUGGAAAGAGCCUUUCUGAGCACACAUCCGAAUUCCGAAGACAUGUUUACUGCCAUUCUGAAGGCUUACGAGGUAAACUAUAAGGCGGCUAAGGGAGUUUUGACAAAAUUGGCGGAUGGGGCCGUAAGAGAAGUAUGGUCGGAUAAAUUUGGAGUCACCCGACCUCAUAUGUAG